UAUUGCUAUUUGGCGAACGAGUAUUCUAGGGUUUUGGAACGGUGGGAUGUGGACCAUGGCAGCGGGGAGGGUUAGGAGCCAAGUUUCUCGAGGAUUUCUCAAUCGAAGGGAGUUUGGCUCGGAGAUAUUUGUUAGUAGGUUAUCAUUUUAUACAACGGAGGAGGAGUUCCGAAAAGCCUUUGCGCCAUUUGGAACCAUUGAAGAAGCGAGGCUAAUUAGAGAUGCAAGAACCCAAAGACCGAAAGGGUAUGGCUUUGUUCUGUAUGCAUCUGAAGCUGAAGCGCAGAAGGCAAUAAAGGCCAUGGAUGGAAGGGUGAUUGGUGGAAGGCUAAUUUUUGUCGAAGCUGCAAAGCCAAAAUCUGAGUGAGUGCCUCGUGGAGCUGAGAAUGUCUGUGAGGUUCUUAAAGAGGCAGAACAUGACUGCAAUUGUUUGUUUGGAGAUCCCCAUCCUUCAGUCAAGAUGAGAAUGUUUGUUUGAUGGUCAUAUUAGUACUCGUAAGCUUUAAAUCAAAUGAUGAAUGGAUGGUGCAGUCCAUUGACAAAUCAAUGAAAAGCCAUCGCGGCAAUUAAUUGGUUCC